AUGCCAACUCCGCCCACUGAGGCCAGCCGUAAUCUCUCCCAAGCAGAAAUUCCCUACGAAAAGAUGGAUUUUCGGCACUUUCGUAAUCGCAGUAAUCGAACAGUUCUUUUUGCUUGUAAAAUCACCCCAAAUUUAGAUCAGACCAUUCGUCGUCUAUCCCUCCAAGAAAACCGCAUGAUU